CACCUCCAGUCUCCCAAACCCUAAGACCCGCCCCUCUCGGCCUCACUCUCUCACUCUGCCUCUCUUCCUCGCAGCCUCUCUGCAUCUCUGCCCUCUCACGCGGCCACGGCCCACGCCGUUGCACUGUGCACAUCUCGCCGUCGCCCCCUCAGCCUGAGUCCCCUCCCUCUUGCCGUCGCCCCCUCAGAAACACUGACCCGCUCUCUCGCAGCUGCACCUCCCCUCACGGCCUCACCUCUCGAGCCGUUCCCGUCGCACACACAGCCCCUCGGCCCCUCUCUCAACGCUGCGCUGCCCUCUCUGUCUCUCACCGUCUCACGCAGCCCUCCCAUCUCUCACGCAGCCGGCAGCCCCUCUCUCACGUCUCCCUGUCUUCGACGACAACACAACGCCGUUCGAUAACUUCGGUCCUCCUGCUGCUGAGUCCCAAAAGGUUGCAAAUUGUAAUGAGCUGCGCUUGCCGCUCUAUUCUACGAUAUCUCAAUGGAAACUCAGAGCUUGCUUUCAGGGUUGUGCACAGACCCAACAAUAUUUUCAUCGUUUCGAAAUGCCAAAAAUCCAUUAUUUUUUGCACCAUCUCCUUCUUCUUCGGUAUCUUUUUCUCAGCGCCAUAAAUGGGUCUCCUACACAACCCCUCACUCUUCUCCGCAAAGGGCAUGGUCUAAGCAGAGAUUGAAUUGUACUAAUCGUGUAGAAAACGUAGGGGAUUCUAUUUCACAUGGGAAAGAUUUGGAAAACGGGGUUAGAAGGAAAAAGCUUGCGGUUUUCGUCUCCGGUGGAGGGUCAAACUUCAGGUCCAUUCACAAAGCUUCUCUUCAGGGAUCAAUUCUUGGAGAUGUAGUUGUUUUGGUCACAAACAAACGAGGUUUCAUUUCUAUCUUUGGCUGUGGAGGUGCAGAGUAUGCAAAAGAUAAGGGCAUACCAGUUGUUUUGUUCCCCAAAUCAAAAGACGAACCUGAUGGACUCUCUCCAAGCGAACUUGUAUCUGCGCUUAGGAGAUUUGAGGUUGACUUUAUAAUCUUGGCUGGAUAUCUAAAACUUAUACCAGUAGAGUUGAUCCGAGCUUAUCAUAGAUCCAUAGUAAACAUCCAUCCAUCACUCCUUCCAGCUUUUGGAGGCAAAGGCUAUUAUGGUAUGAAGGUGCACAAGGCAGUCAUUGCUUCUGGAGCAAGAUACUCAGGUCCAACAAUACAUUUUGUCGAUGAACACUAUGACACAGGUCGUAUCCUUGCUCAAAGUGUUGUCCCCGUGCUUGCUAAUGACACUGCAGAGGAGCUGGCAGCAAAAGUUCUUCAGGAGGAACAUCGGCUGUAUGUGGAGGUGACAGCAGCAUUAUGUGAAGAGCGGAUAAUUUGGAGGGAUGAUGGUGUUCCUCUCAUCCGUUGCAAAGAAAACCCCAGCCAUUACAGGUAGCAUAACCAAACAUCAGUAAUCUCCCCUUUUGGUAAGGCCCGUGAUUCCAAUAUAUCACCCCUGCCUUGUCUUUAUACAAUGCCCUACUUGAGUACAUUCAAAUACCCAAAACUGAGAAGCACUCCUACCCAGCCAAUAUAUAUAUACAUAGAGAGAGAGAGAGAGAGAGAGAGAGCCAAUUUAUGGAGCCUGGUUACUGAUCCAUUAUAUGUGGAUGAACUGCCUUGCAAGUAUUUUUUGUAAUGUUGGCUAUUUUUAUACUAAUCUGACACAGUGACAGGCGGCGUUUUCUGACUGUUAAAUGAGCUUUAGAACUUCGGAAUUGAUUUA